ACUACUUCUUCCUUCGAAAAAGGUGUAGCUGCUAAAUUUUUGCCUGAACAAAUUCAUUGCUGAUAUUGACAUUGAUGCUGUUUUAAAUAAACAUGUCUCAGCUUCUGCUGCUGUUCCUUACUAUGAACAAAAUUUGCUUCUCUGUGGAACUCAUCGUACGGGCAUUGUGGAUGCGCUUAUGGUGCAUUUGUUUGUUCACGCCAGGGACUUUGGUUGUGUUGACAGUAUAAAAAAUGAUCACUUAAGCUUACUCGCUGACAGAAUUAUUGAUCGAUUUACUUGUGAGAAAAAGAGUACUUAUUACAUCCCACCCUCUGGCAGAAGUGUUGCAACAGGCAAAUUGUCGCACAAGUUAAGGAAUUUAAGGAGGAAACCAGCUAACUCACAAUCCAAGGAAAGUAUCUCAGAGGAGAGUGUUGAUGAUCCAGCUGAGCGUCUUCGCUGUGCUCCUAAAGAUCCCAAUGUGGAUUUAGAAGCUGCCAUCAACUUCCUGGCGUUUACAAGGUCUCCAUGGACUGAAGUUGAGGAGAAGUGGGUUUCAACCCAUCAAUACCGCCUGAACCAGUUGAAGACUGAGCCUUACUUGGACAAGUACUUUGCAUCGUGGCCAGUCCUGCAAUCACCAUCAGGAUGUACUCUGCUUGAAGCUGAUUUCAAUUCUUUGUGGCCUGGUCGAAACUCUGUGAUCUUUAGCAAAUGGCCAUUAUUUGAGGAAAAGCUCUUGAAGCUGGCAGAGAAAGAUGUCAAAGACCAGACAAGCAAGGCAAUUUUGAGUCUGCUGAAGCCCAACACCUCUUCAGAUGGUCGUACUGCCAUAGCAUUCAGUAUCCUCCCAGCCCUAUGUCCGCCAACUAGGAAGAUAAAGUUAAACAACGGAAAGCUAUGGUUACCCUCAAUAGCAGAAGCACGGUCUUCAAUGAUUCUUCAUGCACAGAAUGCUAAUAAGGUUCGCUUAACUUUAAAGGAAAACACUGAUAGACUUUUUAAACAGGGGCAGAGGGUGCAGCCUCUGAUAAUUGUUGUAGGUCCCACCUUGGACAAAAUAACCAAGAGUUAUGUCUGCAUCGACAAGACCUUGUGGGCUACUAGCUGUGUGAUGAAAUCCAUUGACGUUUGUUUCAAAGCUGUGUUUGCAACAGAAAGUGAGUACCCCGGACAGUCUCAGCACUUUUGGGAAGCCAUUCAAAAAUCUAUUUACAAAAUGAAAACUGUGCAUGACAAGUGUCAAACCCCUUUGGACAAUAUUUUUAAAUCUCACUGUGAGUGAUAGUCAUUUGGAUUGUUUUUCCCCAUACCCUCUUGGUUUUUUUUUCUUCUCUUUAGUUAAGUUUAUUUUGUUGUUUCUUUGUUGUUGUUAAUGUAGUUUUGUUACUAUGGCCUUUUUUUGUUUUGUUUUGAUGCAUUGCAUCCUACCAUUCCACAACUGAUGCAGCACUACAGAGAUGCUCAUUAUUUUGGGGGUGCACGUUUUUAAGUAUUUCCCUGUCGGCAACCAGGGUGGGGAGGUUCUAUGACAGACUAGAGUCGUUAGCUAAUCAUUUACAAACCCCUGUAAUGACAUAGAUUU